CGUGCGUGCUCCGGAAGCGGAAGCUCUCGGCGGUGCGGCAAUGGCGCGGGAUAGGGAGGCGGAGGGGGCGACGGAGGCCGAGGGGACGCCCGAGCUCUCGUACCGGGAACAGCUGGAGUUCCUGAACCCCAUCGCGCGGCCGCUGGCCUCCCGCAGGCUGACGCGCAAGCUCUACAAGUGUAUCAAGAAAGCGGCCAAGCACAAGCAAAUCCGUCGCGGUGUGAAGGAGGUCCAGAAGUUCAUCAACAAGGGGGAGAAGGGGAUCACGGUGCUGGCCGGCGAUACGCAGCCUAUCGAUGUGUACUGCCACAUUCCCAUCAUGUGCGAGGACAGAAGCCUCCCCUAUGCAUAUGUCCCCUCCAAGUCGGACCUGGGGGCCGCAGCCGGCUCAAAGCGCCCGACCUGCGUGAUCAUGAUCAAGCCACAUGAGGAGUACCAGGAGGCCUAUGAUGAGUGCCUGGGGGAGGUGGAGUCUCUUCCACUCCCACUGUGAAGAGCCGGGGCGGGGUGUGCAGCUCCGAACCCUCCCUGUUUUGGGGGGAGGCGGCUGCGGGCG